UUAUCUUUUUCCUUUUCUCUAUCCUCUUCUUAACUGCAACCAAUCUUCUUCAAAGAUGAAAACUUUAUUUCUUCUGUCUUUUUCUGAUCCUCUACUUUUCUUAUAAUACGCCGUGGGUGAUCAGUGCCUAUGGUCGUUGGCCUCAUCACUCAUCAUAAGGUAGAACUGAUUUGAGAGUUUCUGUUCAGGGGAAAAGAUCCCAAUUUUCAGUGACCUAACCUUUUCUCUCUCCUUCCUCCUCUCACAUACACCCAUAUAAUUAUAUACCUUCUGGAUCUCCUUCCACCUCUUAACGGAUCGCAGAUUCCAUCAAGCUCAUUUGGGUCUCCAAUUUUUUGUUUCAGUUCUGAAUGCUCUUAAAUUCUGUGUUUUUCUCGUGUUCAAAGGGAAAACAUGGCUGAAAGCAGGUACCUUUGUAGUCAACAGUGAAGGGUACAUAGCAGCAGGUUCUUUUUCAACUUUGGAGAGUUCACUCAGCAAAUUUCUUGCUUUUCUUUCACUGCUUUUACACUUUCUUUUCGGGAAUUAUUUAUUGUCAUUGACAAUUUGCUGCUCUCUGCAAACCCUUUUCCUUGUACCUGUUUCUUUUUCUGCUCCUUAAGUUCACUUUGUUUGAGUCUUCCUUUUUCAUUGGUUGCUUUACCAUAAUUUGACAUGGUGGCUGCUUAAAAAUCUCAUUGUUGAUCCAUAAGGUGCCGGAAAAUUUGGCUCUUUUUUUUUGUCUCUCUAUUCUUGAGUUGAAGAUGGAGUGUAGGAGAAAGAGGGAGAAUCCAAAAUCAAACUCCACUUUUCCUGAUGAGGUCUUGGAAAGAAUUUUAGGGAUGUUAAAAUCUCGGAAGGACAAAAGCUCGGUUUCUUUGGUUUGCAAAGAGUGGUAUAACGCUGAGAGAUGGUCAAGAAGGAGUGUGUUCAUAGGUAACUGCUAUUCUGUGUCUCCCGAGAUCCUAACUCGCAGGUUCCCUAACAUUCGAAGUGUCACACUGAAAGGGAAACCUCGUUUUUCUGACUUCAACUUGGUUCCUGCAAAUUGGGGUGCUAAUAUUCAUUCAUGGCUGGUGGUGUUUGCUGAGAAGUACCCUUGGCUUGAAGAGUUGAGGCUCAAGAGGAUGACUGUUACUGAUGAGAGCUUGGAGUAUCUGUCUCUCUAUUUCCCCAAUUUCAAGGCCCUUUCCCUUCUCAGUUGUGACGGAUUCAGCACUGAUGGGUUGGCUUCAAUCGCCACUAAUUGCAAGAAUUUAACUGAACUUGACAUACAAGAGAAUGGUAUUGAAGAUAAGAACGGUAAUUGGUUGAGCUGUUUUCCUGAAAGCUUCACAUCAUUGGAAGUACUGAACUUUGCCAAUCUUCACAACGAUGUAAAUUUUGAUGCACUUGAGAAACUUGUCAGUAGAUGCAAAUCAUUAAAGACUUUGAAGGUUAACAAAAGUGUAACACUGGAACAAUUACAAAGGCUUCUUGUUCAUUCUCCUCAGUUAGGUGAGCUUGGUACUGGCUCAUUUUCACAAGAGCUGACGGCACAGCAGUCCUCAGAGCUUGGAAGUGCAUUCAAAAAUUGUAAAAAUCUUCACACCCUUUCUGGGUUAUGGGUAGCUACAGCACAAUAUCUCCCAGUUCUGUACUCUGCUUGCACAAAUCUAACUUUCUUGAAUUUUAGUUAUGCACCUCUUAACAGUGAUGAUCUUGCUAAGCUCCUUGUUCACUGCCCUAAACUUGAGCGUCUAUGGGUUGUGGACACAGUUGAAGACAAGGGGCUAGAAGCUGUUGGAUCACACUGUCCGUUGCUUGAGGAACUGCGUGUUUUUCCUGCAGAUCCCUUUGACGAGGGCAUUGCUCAUGGGGUUACUGAAUCAGGGUUUAUUGCAGUCUCUCAAGGGUGCCCUAGACUUCACUAUGUUCUCUACUUUUGCCGUCAAAUGACUAAUGCUGCUGUUGCUACCGUUGUACAAAACUGUCCUGACUUCACUCAUUUUCGACUGUGCAUCAUGCACCCUGGUCAGCGAGAUUACUUGACACAAGAUCCUAUGGACGAGGCCUUUGGAUCUGUUGUUAAGACUUGCAGGAAACUCCAGAGGCUUGCAUUAUCAGGUUAUCUGACUGACCUGACUUUUGAGUACAUAGGAAAGUAUGGAAAAAACAUAGAAACUCUUUCAGUGGCUUUUGCCGGAAGCAGUGAUUGGGGCAUGCGAUGUGUGCUCGAUGGCUGUCCUAAGCUGAGGAAACUCGAGGUAAGAGACUGCCCAUUCGGCAACGAAGCUCUUCUGGCAGGUUUGGGGAAGUACGAGUCAAUGAGGUCGCUGUGGAUGUCAGACUGUGAAGUGACAAUGAAUGGGGUUAGACUGUUAGCGAAGGAAAAGCCUAGGUUGAAUGUUGAAGUCAUAAACGAAGAUACCUACGACAAUCAACAGGCUAAGAAGGUUUAUGUCUAUCGUUCUGUUGCUGGGCCUAGAAGAGAUGCCCCUCCUUUUGUUCUCACUCUCUGAAAUGCCAUCUCCAUUCCUACUUUGAAGCUCAAACUGUCCUUGCCUUUGGUUGCCUCCAUGGCAGAUGGCAAAACCUCUACUGUUUGUUAUUCGAGACUCAACAAUAUGGAAGGUGGGAGGAAAAAAGGGAGAAUCUGCAUGAUUCAAAUAAACUUCAAUCAUGUUUCCAAUGCUUGAGAUAAAUAAUGAAAUUAUCGACCAAGUCAAAGCAAAUGUGAGCAUUGAUUAAAGAUAAAGUUUAUAAAUUCAGAGGAUAGUGGCGGGAGCCUAUAUACUUAUCUGUGCUCUCUUUCUCCUUACUGAAGACAUUAGUUUUGUUCUCAUUGUAAUAUCUAUUCAAGACAAUGCAACAUUCCCAUCUGAAAAUGGAGGAAACCAUGGCAAUAAAUGAAGUUAACAGAAAUAGAUUCACGUUUGAUUGGAUAGUUUUUUGCAGCA